AUAUUUGUUAUCCUCAGCAGUGGUGGAGGUGGGGAGGAUACAUGCACACAGUGUGUUCUUGACUUGUGCGUCGUACUAACUAUAUUCAAGACUUGUGGUCAACAUCACAGAGUUACUACAGUACCUGAUGGGACCUUAAUAAUAUCGACAACCACGGCUCUAAGAGACACUUUCGUAGUGUAAAAGAAAACCUGUUUGCCAGUGGGGAGACUCAGUACAAAGGUUUUAGCCUUUUUCUGGUGCAGCAGCUGCGUUACACCUGCACCAUGGAUAAGGUGAAGCAGCUGAUGUCCCGUUACAAGUGCUGCUGUUCAUUGCGGACUCUGGCCUUCAUCAAUGCUUCCCUCGAACUGGUACUUCUGGCUGUGGCGACUGGCAUUCUUAUCUUUAUAGAGAUUGUAGAAAAGAGUUUGACUGUUAUGGAGGUGGUGCUUCCCUUCAUAGUGGUGAAUUUCGUCCUAACCAGCUUACUUGUUCAUGGUAUCCGCAAGAAUUUGCAAGAAAUCGUCCGGGGAUGGUUGUGGGUGAGAGUGACAACAAUGGUCACUGUCCUCAUGAUGAUAAUCUUCUUCGAAAUCUUCAAUGGCUUACUGAGACAUCCUGUGACUUGGGGAAGCUCUCUCGCCUUCUUCGUCUUCACUACCUACGUUGUCUUUGUGAUAAUAGCUUACGCUUCUACGAUCACCAACAAUGAACAACAUUUAGAUGUCCAAGAAAUGAAUGUCCCAGACUACAGACGUAUGGAGGAAAGCGUUGACGGUCGACGUUCUUCUCUUGUGCCAUAGUUGUCUUGUAUCCACUGUAAUAUUAAAUAUUCAUUUAAAUUCACGUUAAUUCUAUCCUGAGCCUAGAGUCAAAGUUUGUCAGAAACCUCAUGCCAUCUACAGAGUGUUUACAAUCAAAUAAAUAAUAAUCAGAGGAACUUCUUGAUACCAUGACGACGUGCUGUGUUCAAGUUUGUUUAUGUCGCUUGUUAAUAGCUAUCUUUAUGUUCUCUGGAUUCAGUUCCCUUGGUGAAUUAGUCUCCUGGUGAUUUGACUCUUGAGUGAUUUAAUCGUUAGGGUUUUAGCCUUUGGGUGUAAAGUGCAAUACUGUAUAACUUUUUAAAGAUAAACUUUUGUAAUAAACCAAACCAGGUAAUAAAUCAA